AUAUGUGCCUGUAACAGCAGCUGUGCCUCCCAUGCAUGAUGUUGUUUGGAAUCUACUUCAGCACAGUGUCACUGUCAGACCUAAAAAUAACUCGACGACAGGCAGCCCGUCCCAAUGACUUGGCAAAAGCUUUUCUCCAUGCUGCCCACUCCGUGUUGAUCUAACCAGCUGCUCAGCCACAAACUGCUUUUUUACUGGAAGGAUGAGCCAUUAUUUCCAUUCUGUGCUUCUGUGGUGAGCUCUAAACUCUGUUUCUGACCAUCCCUGCUAAAAGACGAUUUGACCUACGUUUUGAACUGAAGUCGGCCAUGGUGCGGAAUGUGGAUGACCUGGACUUCUGCUUGUCCUCGCAUUCUCAGAGCAUCCUGGAGGGCUUGCGCUCCCUCUGCUCUCACCCCAAACUGGUCGAUGUAACACUGAGCGCAGGGGGUCGGGACUUCCCCUGUCACCGCGGCUUGUUGGCCCUCUGCAGCACGUACUUCCGCUGCAUGUUCACAGGGGACUUUGUGGAGAGCAUAGCUGCACGUGUGGAGCUUCAUGAUGUUGAUCCUGACAUACUCAGCUGCUUGCUGGACUUUGCCUACACAGGCAAACUGACCAUCAACCAAAGCAAUGUGGAGGGUUUGAUCUGCACCUCCAGCCAGCUGCAGUUCCAGACAGUGAGAGCCGUGUGCAGCCGAUACCUCCAGCACCAGAUUGAUGCAACCAACUGCCUGGGAAUCCUGGAGUUUGGGGCGAUCCAUGGCUGCCCUGAGGUGGUGGCCAAAGCGUGGGCCUUCCUCUUGGAGAACUUUGAGGCUGUACAACAAAGUGAGGAGUUUCUACCAUUGGGAAAAGACAGACUGGUUGCCUGUCUCUCCGACGAAGGACUACAGAUCCGGUCAGAGUGUACCCGCGUGGAGGCCAUACUGAAAUGGGUCGGGCACCACAAGGAGUCUCGGCUCUGCCACCUCCCUGAACUCCUCACCUUGUCCCGUCUCUCUCUACUCAGCCUGGACUACCUGGCUGACACCCUGCUGAAAGACAGCCUGGUGCAGGCCUCGCCCAGCUGCAGAGAGGCUGUGGAAAAAAUUCACAGAGAGAAAAUGGAUUUGGCACCAGAAUGUAUGGACAGACUCAGCUCUCAGAGUCCACAACCAAACCUGCAGGAAGUGCUGUUUGUAAUGGGAGGUCGUUCACUGGAUGACUCAGAUGAUGAAGAUGGCUCAGAUGAAGAUGAGGACAGAGAUCCAAGACUGCAAAGAGAGCUGCACAAGAACUGUGCCUUCUACAACACAAAGACAAAGCAGUGGCAUGAGCUUCCUAAUUUCCCCAACCCUAACAAGUGGGGCUACUCAAUGGUGUCCUUGAACAAUGAUGUGUAUGUCACAGGGGGCUCGCGAGGUUCGAAUACCAACACCUGGUCGACCACUGAGACCUGGAAGUACAUCACAAGAGAGGGGAGGUGGGUUACUGUGGCACCCAUGCUCCGGCCUCGGACUAACCACGCGUCGGCAACGCUCAACGGGGAGAUUUACGUCAUUGGAGGUACAACAUCAGAUCGGGUUGAAGUUGAGCAUUAUGACCCAUACAACGACACUUGGGCCUUGACAUGUCCCGCCUUAAAAUAUGUGACGAACUUCACCGCCACAGCGUGUCAUGGGAAGCUCUAUGUGAUUGGCUCGUGCGCUGUGAAGUACAAUGCUUUGGCCAUGCAGUGUUAUAACCCUGUUAUAGAUAGCUGGAUCAGCAUAUGUUCGCCCUUCAUCCCUAAGUAUUUGUCCUCUCCUCGUUCUGUCUGUGUGGAUGGAACUAUAUAUCUGGUUGCUGAUAACACUAAGAAAGUCUACUGUUAUGAUCCGGAGGUGAACAUGUGGCAGAAGGUCCAACUUCUCCACAUGCUGCAUGAGAAUGGCGGCUUGGUGUCGCUGGAUGGCAAGCUGUUUGUCACCGGAGGCCAUUGGAAAGGUAUGGAGGGGGACUACGGGGUGGAAGUGGAGAUUUACAACCGAGCAUCCAACACCUGGGAAGUGGAGUGCUUCCUGCCAAGACUGUGGUUCUACAGUGAAGUCUGCACCAUCUUCCUUGAUCCAUCCCAGUGGCCUGAGCUUUUCCCCAUAGAAUCAACAUAAUGACCUCCUGUCCCGAAAGGACUAUACUCAAGGUCAAAGAAUUCACAGAGACAUGUUCCUAUCAUAACUAUGUUACAGUGCAAAUGGCAUGUUUAUCAUAGGAUGUCACUGUGCCCUAGAAUAGUGUGUUACAUGAUCCUCAGGUAUCCUAGGUUGUUUUUACGGCCUCGCUUGUUCAUUUAUACUUUGUAUCAUGUGCUUGUGUGGUUUUUUGUGUGUUAUUGGACUGAGCUUGUGAAUAAUUAAAUCCUUGUAGAAAUAAUUUGUGGACUAAUGUUAUGAUGAUGAUGAAGAUGAUUAUUAUUAUUGGUUGUAUAUCACGGGUUUGGAACUGGAAAUGCUCGAAUUCUUAAUAAAAUGUGUUCCUGAAAAUAAA